AUGGUCAAGUGGGGUCAUCCCGCGGCCCUCCGGCCCCCGGUCCGGCCGAGAUCUGUGACCCCCCCAACCAUCCUGGUGAAAGGCGGAGCAAGCGUGGCUCAUUCCUCUCUCCUCCUGCCCCACGUGGACCAGUAUGAGGUGGUGUUACCCCAUCGACUGCCUUCCUUUCGGGCCAGGAGAGAUCUCGCCUUGAAAUCCAACUCCUAUCCAGAAAGCGUCAGCUACGUCAUAGGCUCCAGACAAGACAAUUACACCCUUCACCUCCGGAGAAAUCGGGACCUGAUGGGACCGCGCUACACGGAGACCUACACGUUGGCCAACGGCACCGAGGUGACGGAACAGCCGGACACUCAGGCUCACUGCUUUUACCAGGGGCAUGUGGAGGGGCACAACAACUCAGCAGCUAGCAUCAGCACCUGCCGUGGACUCAGGGGCUUCUUCCAGACGGGUUCGACAGUGUAUUUAAUUGAGCCGCUGGAAGACAGAGAGGAGGGAGAACACGCCAUGUACAAAGAAGAGCAUCUCAGGGAGAAGCUGGUAACCUGCGGCGUGUCCAACACCACUCUGGAUCAUGACGUGGAACCGAGAGUGGCUGCAGCCUACAGGCCUCGGGAUUGGAAAUCGGGGUCCGUUCCGAAGGAAACCCGCUACGUGGAGCUCUUCGUGGUGGUGGACAGCACGGGGUUCCGGAAGAUCGGAAACCUGAGGACAGUGCAGGAGCGGGUAAAGCAAAUCGUCAAUCACGUGGACAAGCUUUAUCAGAACCUCAAUUUCCGGGUGGCUCUGAUCGGCCUCGAAGUGUGGACUUUCUCAGACAAGAUUGAAGUGAGCUCCAGCCCGGAUGCCACGCUCAACAAUUUCAUCGCCUGGCAGGGGAAGGAUCUCAAGAGGAGGCACAAGUUUGAUAAUGCCCAGCUGAUAACGGGUGUAGAUUUUCAGGGAACCACGGUGGGUCUGGCCCAGGUGUCAACUAUGUGCUUACUGGAGUCUGCGGCAGUAAACGAGGACCACAGUACUAAUCCAAUUGGAGUGGCAUCUACCAUGGCCCACGAAAUGGGACACAAUCUCGGGAUGACCCAUGAUGAAAACGUCAACAGCUGCUUUUGUACAGCAUCGAAGGAGAACGGCGGAUGUAUUAUGGCAGCCAGUCUUGGCAACGUGUACCCCCGGAUCUUCAGCAGCUGCAGCCGAGACAACCUGCAGAACUUCAUCAGUAACCCCUGGACGGACUGCUUGAGGAACGCCCCCGAUCCCACCAGGCUCUACGGAGGCCCGGUCUGCGGGAACAAAUUCCUGGAGAACGGAGAAGAGUGUGACUGUGGCACUCCUCAGGAAUGCACCAACUCCUGCUGCAAUGCCACCACCUGCAGACUGGCAGAAGGAGCAGAAUGUGCCCAGGGCAGCUGCUGCAGCCGCUGCAAGGUGAAGCCGGCGGGGGAGCUGUGCCGGAGCGUGCAGAGCGACUGCGACCUGGCGGAGCACUGCACGGGGCUGAGCGCCGAUUGCCCCCAGGACGCCUUCCGCCAGAACGGCCUGCCCUGCCCCGGAGGCUACUGCUACGACGGGCUCUGCCCCAGCCUCAGUGGCCAGUGCCGGGCCAUCUGGGGGGCAGCCUCCCAAGCCGCUUCAACCGAAUGCUAUCAGCUCCGCGCUUCCCUUGAGCCUCAAGGCUGCUCUGCGACACACAGCCCUACACAGGCAAACUGGUGCGGUGCGCUGUUCUGCUCCAGGGGAAAUGGAAACGGGCCACAUAGAAGCUGCCCCAUCCCCUUGGCGAGAACAACGUGCGUUAUGGCCAUCAUCCAAGACGAACAAAGGAAGUCCUUUGAGAUGGUGCCAACUGGCACCAAGUGUGGCGAGCAGAAGGUCUGCUACCAAGAAAGAUGCCAGGACUUACUGGUCUACGGCCCCAGGAACUGUUCUUCCAAGUGCAGCGGCCAUGGGGUUUGCAACCACAAAAGGGAGUGUCACUGUGACCCAGGAUGGGCUCCACCUUUCUGUAACAAAAAGCAAACAGGUCUGAGAUCAGCUGCCACCGAACAGACUGUUGUCCACAGUACACUUCACCCAAACGCCUUCCCGGGCCAAACCAGUUUCCAUGUGACUAUAGGCGCGUCCACAACCGGAACCACCAACCUGUUGCUCAAGGAAACAGCGUACUGGUCAGGAAACAGCGCAUUGGUGGGUGUCCUGGUGGUGUUGGGUGUGCUGGCUGUACUCAUCAUCUUUGGGGUCAUCCUCUUCAGGUGGAAAAUCAAACCCAAUCUCCAGAAAAGAAAAAUGGCCACCAAGACCAUCUCUGGCCUGUCGAACCCACUGUUCCAGGAGGGCUGCACCAAGGAUCCGGCGAGGAACACCGUCCAGCCGUCCAGCAUCGGCUCCCCGGCGCUGGUCUCCACCACCUCCAACAUCAAAACUUCCAACGCCCCCUUUGUUGCCGUUGUUCCCAGCCAACAUCCCCCUGCGGCUCCAGCAGCCGGACCCAAUGCCCCCUUCAGAUUGCCAGUUUACUCCAGUCAUCCUCCUGGGAACCAGAUCCGACCUGCUCCGCCUAAAAAACCUCUUCCAGAGCUGAAGCCCAAACCGGGAAACAAACCAACUUCAGCUCCUCCUCCAGUCCCACCUGCCAAAUAUCCUGCUUUUAUGUCACAGCCCACUCAGCCCCAGGGAGCCGGCCCGAAGGUGCCCCUGAAGCCCCCAACCCAGCAGAGGUGACCACCCAGAUGAACCCCAAGGAGCAAAGACAAUCGGGAGACCCCUGCUUUGCAUGAUUUGAGCAAGUUGACUUCUAGCUUGGACAGCGCCAUGAUGUUUACCCUAGGCAGUUCUCAAAUGUCUUCCUAGGAUCUCAGCCAUUUCCACUGAAAUCCUUCAAACAACUGUGCCUUCACACCAAUGAUGGGACAUUUACAAGCACCAACAAGUGUCUACAACUGCUGGACAAGAAUUUGGGCCAUGGUACCAGGGGAAAGUUAACAUUUUCAUUACAACUGGAGGGGUUUUUGUUUGUUUUUCAUGGUAUUUGUUUAG